AUGAUGUUCGACCCGGGGAACAACUCAGCGCUGGUGUUCACGCUGCACGGCUUCAACACUACCCAGGCCAACCGCCAGCUGUUGUUUGCGGUGAGCCUGCUGCUGUACGGAGCCACCGUGCUGGCCAACCUGACGGUGGUGCUGAUCGUGGUGGUGGAGAAGAGCCUCCACGAGCCCAUGUACGUGUUCCUCUGCAACCUGUGCGUGAACGGCGUCUACGGCGCGUCCGGGUUCUACCCCAAGCUGCUCCACGACCUGCUGGCCGACUCCCAGCUCAUCUCGUACGGCGGCUGUCUGACGCAGAUCUUCACCGUCUACUCCUACGUGUUCUGCGAGUACACCAACCUGGCGGUGAUGGCGUACGACCGCUACGUGGCCAUCUGCCGCCCGCUGCAGUACCACCUGAUCAUGACGUGGCGCCGCGUGGCCCAGCUGCUGCUGCUCACCUGGAGCUGGGCGCUGCUGGAGAGCGGGGUGGGCGUGCUCCUCACCAGCCGGCUGCCCCUCUGCAGCCUGCACAUCGACAAGAUCCUCUGCACCAACUGGGUGGUGGUGAAGCUGUCGUGCGUCGACACCAGCGCCAACAACCACUACGGCUUCCUGCUGAUAACGGUGCACAUGCUGCAGGCGCUGCUGAUCGCCGUCUCCUACGCCAACAUCAUCCAGGCCUCGCGGACCUCCAAGACCAACCGCCGCAAGUUCUUCCAGACGUGUCUGCCGCACGUCACCACGCUCACCGUGUUCACGCUGUCGCUGCUGUUCGACACGUUGUUCUCCCGCUACGGCAACACGUCCAACCUCGCGACGCUUAGCAACCUGAUGGCGGCCGAGUUCCUGGUGGUCCCGCCCCUCGUCAACCCUCUGGUCUACGGGAUGAACCUGCGGCGCAUCCACAGCCAGCUUCUCCGGGGGCUGGGGGGCAGCAAGGUGCGGCCCCUCACCUGAGACACGGCCUCUACAGAGAA